AUGGACAAGCCGCGCUGGAGCCAAGGCCGGGCGCCGCCCAAGAUGAGCGACGCGAAGAAGGUGCGCAAGGUCGAGAUCCCGUUCUCGGCGACAGCCGCGUCCCAGUGGAAGCAGCUGCGGCAGACCGUCUCCGCCGCGCACCCGGAAGCGACGGCGCGCGCAGCCAUCGCCCCCGUGCGCAUCGGCGAUCUCUGCAGCGAAGACAAGCACAAGGUCGGGAAGCUCGUGCGCCAGCUCAUCAAGGUAAGCGGCGAAAACGACGCCAAGCGCUGCGAACUUCAAGACCUCUCGGCCAAGCACGCCGACCUGCAGCAUCGCCACCAAGACCUCGAGUCGAAGCUCAACCAAGCGCUCGAAGUGAUCCAGACCUACCAAACUCGCAUGCAGGGCUUGCAGAAAAAGUCCGAGCGGGAGCAGCUGCAGCUCGAACACGCCCUCGACGCCUUGGAUGGCUGCCAUGUCGAACUGGCCGCCUUAAGGGAAGAGAUCGCUCGCCACGACGACGCUCGUGCCCAAAUCGAGGCCAGCCGCCGCCACGAAGUGCAGCAGCUGCGACUUGAACUCGACGCGCUGCGUCAGGAGCUCGAGCUCGAGCGAAGCAAGCGCCAAGAGAUGACGUCGCAGUACGACACAAUGGCCAAGGUGCUGGGUACCUCGACCCUGCAGACCGUGCGGCUCACGCGUGGAUCCCAGGAACACGAGCGUUUGCAUCAGUCCCUCGAGCACUCGAUCGACCUCUCUUCGCUGCUCAACGUCACGUCGACACCGGACGCCAAUGUCCAGCGCAUUGUGCAGGCGUGGAAAAGCCGUCUCGAAGGUGCGCUUUUGACGCCCGAGACGGGCGCCCAACGGCUCGUUUUUGGCUCCGAGAAUCGUCAGGAUGUCGGGACGCAGUGGGAGACCCGCGGCCUCCUUCGCGAGGUUGGGUGCAACACCGAGGACAUCGACCCUAGUUUGCGCCAACAACAGCAUCACCUCUACGAGGGUCGAAGCGAAACACAGACCCCGGUGCUGCCGCCCUCGCUCGUCGACAGCGAGUUUUACGAGCUCUCGCUCUUUGAGCUCGUGAGUGCGCUCGAGGAGCACAGCACGGAGCCGCGACGAUCGCCACGGCGAGUGCUGGAAACGACGCAGCGACCUCGCGCCAAGUGGGCCAACUCGUACUUUGACGGGCUGGCGCCAAUCGGGGCAGGGCUGUCUGGCGACGUUGGCCGAGUGUCGCAGGGCCCGCUCUCGGCCGAGGAGCUCUCGAUCCGCGACGCUGUGGAGGCCGAUAUGCAGGAAAUGCUCUCCGAUGCGAGUUUUGUGUUGUGCGACUUGAAUCGCCAGUGA